GGAAAACGUGGCUUGAACAGUUCACUUCGAGACGUUUGACGUACAAGACAGUGUGCUGCGAUUAUUUAAUUUGUUGACAUAGAGACGUAUAUGUGCGAUUUUUCUUGAAAUUUUUUUAUACUGUGAUUUUAGUUAUCUACUUCUGGUAUCUAUAUAAUGGCACUACAGUUCGAUGAUUUAACUAACACGGAUGAGUUUUUCAUUGAUAACAACGUGCUAAAAGGCAUAAGCGAACAUUUUUUGGACACGUACCAAGUGGGCCAAGUGAUUUUGAAGGCACUGGACAGCAAACCAGAUCAUGUAUCCCAAAUCGACGCGGCGACGGGAGGGCAAACAACGUUCGCCGAAAUGCGCGAUCUUAGCGUGCGAUGCGCUUUGUGGCUGAGAAAACAGGGUAUCGGAUGCGGCGACGUAGUCACGCUGUGCACGCACAACCACUCGGACGCUUACGCCCCCUGUUUGGCCAUCCACUACACCGGCGCCAUCUACAACGCCUGGAACCACGAGACCACUUUGCAGUCAACGAGACACGUGAUGAAAUUAUUCCGACCCAAGAUUAUAUUUGCCUGCGAGAGCGCGGUGGAGGUGAUCCUGGAAGCCCAGAGAUUGGAGGAGGUGGACGCGAAAGUAAUCGUCUUCGGCGAACAUCCAGGGCUGCAAUCGUUGCGCGACGCGACCCAACGGCAACCCGACACGGAAGUGGCGACUUUCCACCCGACGGAAAUCAAAAAUCCAAAAGAAAUCGGACUGACGGUCUUGUCGUCGGGCAGCAGUGGUCUGCCAAAAGGUGUGGCCCAUUCCUACGACAGCAUCCUCAAAUUGCUCCAAUCGUUCAUGAUAACGCCGAUGAAGGACGUGGCGGUGUGGUACUCGACCGGUUACUGGAUAACCGGUUACGUCAAUGCCCUGCAAAGCAUCUUGUCAGCCGGCACCAGGAUCAUCCACGCGACCACCGGACCCGAGGACACCUGCAGAGUCAUCGAUAAGUACAAGGUUCAGCGUGCAUUUUUAACGCCUAUCAUGUUGGCGCACAUGUGCAAGUCGAAAGUUUUUGAAACCUACAAUCUGAAAUCACUGGAGGUGGUCACAACCGCGGGAUCUAAAAUGAGUCCGCAUCUGUUCGAACGAGUGAAAGACAGCUUGCCUCAUGCUCUAGUCAUCCAGGCUUACGGAAUGUCAGAAAUAGGGCGAUACAUCGCGUCUCAAAACGGGAAGAGCAAAAAUCCCAAAUCUGUGGGUUUCGUUGGCUCAUGCAAUCAGAUAAAAAUUGUCGAUCCCAAAACUGGGGAAGCCCUCGGACCUAAUCAGCCCGGCGAACUCUAUUUAAAAUCAAUAACUAUGAUGAUUGGAUAUUACAAAAACCCAGAAGGUACAAAAGAGGCGUUUGACGAAGAAGGUUGGUUGCGCACUGGAGACAAGGCUUACUACGACGAGAACGGCGAGAUCGUCAUCAUCGACAGAUUGAAGGAAGUGAUGAAGUACCAAAAUCACCAAGUGUCCCCGGCUGAAGUCGAAGAAGUCCUACUCGCCCAUCCCGACGUCGUCGAAGUCUCGGUGGUGCCCAUUCCUCACGACAUCGACGGGGAGCAUCCUAUGGCUUUCGUUAAAAAAGUUGCCAACUCCAAGGUCACAGAGGACGAUCUUGUGCGUUUAUCAUCGGCGAGCCUCGGGGAGAUUAAAAAAUUGCGCGGAGGAGUGAAGUUUAUGGAAGACUUACCCAAGACUGCCACUGGAAAAAUUUCUAGGCCACAUUUAAAGGAAAUGGCCAAGGCGCUAGCAAAAAAUACGUAAAAAAAUCUAAUUGAGUCUUUGUUCAUUAAAAAUUACAUCAUUUGUUCUGUAUUUCAUUGUUUUACAAGCUUUGAUGUAUUUGGAGUCUGUGUACGACGUAAAACAAAUAAACGAAUAAUCGUAAAA